UAUUGGCUAGACCUCCAAAAACCCAUAUCUCGGCAGCUUGGCCUCUCGCUGGUAGACCCACUACUCUAUUUCUGCGUAAAAUUCUACACGCCCGAUCCCGGCCAGUUGGAGGAAGAGUAUACCCGUUACUUAUUUUGUCUGCAAGUCAAAAGAGACCUUUCACAAGGUUAUAUGCAGUGCAAUGAAAAUACAUCUGCGUUGAUGGCGAGCUAUAUUGUGCAAGCGGAAUGCGGAGAUUUCGUUCCAGAAGACUACCCCGACCACACGUAUUUGUCCAGUUAUAAAUUUGUGCCGAAUCAGGACCCUGAGAUGGAAAGGAAGAUUAUGGAGAACCAUAAAAAGCAUUCGGGACAGUCUCCAGCCGAGGCAGACCUAAAUCUCCUUGAAACAGCUCGACGAUGCGAACUGUAUGGUAUAAAAAUGCAUCCUGCGAAAGAUCACGAAAACGUGUGUUUGAAUCUCGCUGUCGCGCACAUGGGUAUAAUAGUAUUCCAAAACUAUACCAAAAUCAACACCUUCUCCUGGGCGAAAAUUAGGAAAAUAUCGUUCAAAAGAAAACGAUUCCUUAUAAAAUUGCAUCCAGAAGGAUACGGUUAUUACAAGGAUACAGUAGAAUUUUUCUUCGAAGGGAGAAACGAGUGUAAAAAUUUCUGGAAAAAGUGCGUGGAAAAUCACGGGUUCUUCAGGUGUUCAUCUGUGAAAAAUGUUUCAAGGCACAAAACACGGGUUUUGUCAAGAGGAAGUUCUUUCAGGUAUAGUGGAAAAACCCAGAAACAAAUCGUAGAAUUCGUAAGAGAUAAUUAUGUAAAACGGCAAACAUUCCAAAGGUCACAUUCGUUCAGACAUUCUAGUGCUCAUUCAAGCGCUUCCAACAUGCAUUCGACAACCGUCGGGAACAGCAUUUCCGCACAUCCUCUGUUGCCUCUUGCCGAUAGCAACCUGAGCGUGGAAGCGUCCAAACUCUCGGCGUCUCUGGGUUCGAUGGGCGUUCAUGUGGUAUCCCCGGAUUCUCCGACGAUGAGGUCAGCCUCUCGCCACCUCGUCACAGCUACGUCCUGGAACUCGGUCCCCGACACCAGGCCUACCACGCUGCCACCAUCUCGGACGACGAACUUGCCGUCGCCUCCUCCUCAGAAGACGCAAUCACCGUCUCCAGAGACUUCUGCGACCACGAGCCCACUCCAUAUGGGGCAGUACGAGAAGUCGAAGCCCACUAUCACCAGUUCGCCGCUCGCCGUCCGCGCAGCUGUUCACAGGGCAGAUACAGAUGAUACCAAGAAAGAAAUUAUUGAUCAGAAGAAAGAGAAUGACACGGAUAAUAACAAUUUCUACUCCACACCGCAGAAACCUGUAAACGGUAACAUAUCUGAUGUUUCUCUGAAUGCAAGUAACGGCAACUAUAGUACGACAACUCUUGAUGACAGUCCCUCAAAAAAUUAUGCUAAAGAGCAACUUAUGAACAGUAUUAACGCCAAUGCUAACAUCAACGGUGCUAAUAUCAUUUCUACAACAAUAAUUGCCGAAAUAGAGGGAGAGGCUAAGAAGAAGCCGAGACACUUCGUUGAUCGUACUUAUUACAUAGCAAAAGAGAUAUUGAUGACGGAACUCACCUAUAAAAAAGACCUGGACGUUAUCAAUGUUUGGUUCCGAGAUGAAGUUGGCAAAGAAGAACCAGAGGAAUGCCAGAUACUUUUGUCGCUAAUUGCACCGUUGGCUCAAGCUCAUGGAUUGCUGGUCAAAGAUUUGGAGCAGCGGUUGCAAGGUUGGGAUGGCAGAGGUGGACCCAGAGCUGUUGCAGGGCGCAUCGCUGACGUUUUACUGGCGCAUCUUCCACCAUUGCUACCUAUAUAUGAAGAAUACUUGGAUGGCCACAUGCUGGUCCUCGAAAGAUUAGACACCGCUUUCAAACAAAAUAACCGUUUCGAGCAAUUAUAUCGUGAUUUCGAAACUCAAAAAGUGUGUUACCUUCCACUCACUAGCUUUGUUCUUAAGCCCUUGCAUCGACUGUUGCAAUACCAGUCUCUCCUACAGAGGCUCCUCAAGCAGUAUGGCCCCAAUCAUCCGGACAGGGGAGAUUGUCUAACCGCUAGCAACACGUUGGAAGAUCUGAUGCAGCCCGUUGCCGAAACUUUGGAGCAGUCCGAAAAUUUGGCGACGUUGUGUGAGUUGCAAAGAGACAUCGUAGGGUUCGAUAAUUUGAUGCAGCCCGGAAGGAAGUUCAUCAGACAUGGUUGCCUUCUGAAACAUUCCAGAAAAGGUUACCAGCAGAGAAUGUUCUUCUUGUUUUCAGAUAUUCUGCUUUACACGUCAAGAUCGCAAGCAACCCUACAGUUCAAGGUGCACGGACACAUGCCUUUGAGAGGAGUCUUGAUAGAGGAACCUGACGGUGAUCUCAUGUUCAACGGAUUGAUAAUUUACGGGGGUAACAGGUCAUUAACUGUGGCGGCAAAUUCUCCCGAAGAAAAAGAGAAAUGGAAAAUGGAUUUGCAGAAUGCAAUUCAGAUGGCGAGAGAUAAGUCUGAUACGAAAAUCACGUACUUGAGCCUGAAAAGUUGUAGCUCGUCUGAUGAACACGUAGAUCAGUGUGGGAAUAACGAAGUGAGCACUCAGACUAAACCACAAGCUCAACGUAGCAAUACCACCGUUCAUGUUUGUUGGCACAGAAGUACUAGCAUUAGCAUGAAAGACGAAUUAUUGGCUGUGGAGAAUCAAUUGUCUGGGUACUUGUUGAGGAAGUUCAAGAGCAGCAAUGGGUGGCAGAAGCUUUGGGUGGUUUUCACGUCUUUCUGUUUGUUCUUCUACAAAGGCUGUUUGGAUGAGUUUCCUUUGGCGUCUUUGCCGCUUUUGGGGUAUUCAGUUGGUCCACCUGCUCCUGAGGAUCAAAUUAUCAAAGACUAUGUAUUCAAGUUGCAGUAUAAAAAUCAUGUGUACUUCUUCCGUGCAGAGUCAGAGUACACUUUUAACAGAUGGAUGGAGGUGAUUGGUAGUGCAACACAGAGCAGAACAAGAAGGAAACCUAUUAUGGUGAAUGAAAAUUCUAUAGAAACUUCAGCUGUAGAAUGAAGUAACGAAAAAAUCACCAGCUUUUGCUAGGUAGGCAAAUACUAUAACAGUAUUGAUACAUAAGAUGAGGCCUAUUCGAUAUAGUCCUUCAAUAUCAAGGAGAGUAUUUUUAUAUGAGGAAAAAAUCUUCAAAGACUUUUAUUCAAGGAUCAUAUCAGCGUGGCCUUUUUGUCUUGGGCAGCAUUAAGUACUGUAUUAGCAUCAGUGGAUAAUUUAUUAAAAUUUUCAACUUUGGCAGCUAUGAUGCAACUCAAUGUUCGAAAUUAGACUGAUAUUCUUUGUUGUACUAAAUACUAAUACAAUCGUUGUUAUGUAAAUAAAUAUAUUCCAUAGCAAUUGAUUUAAAUUUUUCGAAUUUAUUUUACUUAUUACUGACGCAUUUAUCCAAGUAUUAUGGAAAUUCGUAGCCUGAUAAAUUCAUUCCUGAGAGUGCCUUUUGGAAGUACGUUAAUAUUUUUUGUAUAUAUGUAUAUUUUUCAAUGAAUGUACUUGACUUUUUAUCAUAGAUAGGUUAGGACGUCCAAGUAACUCGUUAUUAAUACCAAGCUGGAUAUUUUAACUUCGGUUUAUUUAUUUAUGGUUGAUGAUGGAAGUCUAAAGUGUUGUUUUGAAAAUUCUAUCGAUAAUUUGUUAAACAUUAUUAAUUUGAAUAAAAUAUAAUGGUUUCAGCACA